GGCAGCGGCGGAUAAAUGCUAUUAGAGCAGCCGCCGCGGAGCCGUCCCCGACGCCACCUCAUUCUCCGCCGCCGCAGUUCCCUCCGGUGCUGUCGGGGGUGCGUCGCUGAGGGAACAGGGCGAGCGCGCCGCACACCACCCCGCCGGCUCGCCUCCCUCGCUGUUUUCCGCCCUCAGGGGUCGGCCGGCGCCCCCUUCUGCAGCCCGGGCGGGGCGGCUGAUCGCCUCAGGAGAGCGGGAGGGGCUCGGGGCCGCGGCCUGCGCUGCCGGCAGGCCGUUGAGUGCGAAGGAGGCCCUCAGUUCUGCAGAGGGUCGGAGGGCCGAGGGCCCUUAGCCCGCCAGUGCGGGCGCCGGCGCGGGCCGGCCGCGAGAGGGGCGGUUGUCGGGGGAGGGGGCUCGGGGUGAUUCAGCGCCCGGGAGGCGGAAGCGGCCGGAGGAGGAGGCGGGGGAGAGGCCACGAUCGGCCAGUGAGCGCCUGGGCGCCCGGGGUGGCACGAGCCGGCGGCGGCCCGAGGGCGAGGCUGAGGCGAGGAGGCCGCGAGGACGCGUGGAGAGGCCGGCCGGGCCCCCGCCGCCAUGGAGAACGCGCACACAAAGACGGUGGAGGAGGUGCUGAGCCACUUCGGCGUCAACGAGAGCACGGGGCUGAGCCUGGAACAGGUCAAGAAGCUCAAGGAGAGAUGGGGCUCCAACGAGUUACCGGCUGAAGAAGGAAAAACCUUGCUAGAACUUGUGAUUGAGCAGUUUGAAGACUUACUAGUUAGAAUUUUAUUGCUGGCAGCAUGUAUAUCUUUUGUUUUGGCUUGGUUUGAAGAAGGUGAAGAAACAAUUACAGCCUUUGUAGAACCCUUUGUAAUUUUACUUAUAUUAGUAGCCAAUGCAAUUGUGGGUGUAUGGCAGGAAAGAAAUGCUGAAAAUGCAAUUGAAGCCCUUAAGGAGUACGAGCCUGAAAUGGGCAAAGUGUAUAGACAGGAUAGAAAGAGUGUACAGCGGAUUAAAGCUAAAGACAUAGUUCCUGGUGAUAUUGUAGAGAUUGCUGUUGGUGACAAAGUUCCAGCUGAUAUAAGACUAACUUCUAUCAAAUCUACAACUCUAAGAGUAGACCAGUCAAUUCUCACAGGCGAAUCGGUCUCUGUCAUCAAGCACACCGACCCCGUCCCUGACCCACGGGCUGUCAACCAAGAUAAGAAGAACAUGCUGUUUUCUGGCACAAACAUUGCAGCUGGAAAAGCCAUGGGAGUGGUGGUGGCAACUGGAGUUAACACUGAGAUUGGCAAGAUCCGGGAUGAGAUGGUGGCAACGGAGCAGGAGAGAACGCCCCUCCAGCAGAAACUGGAUGAGUUUGGAGAACAGCUGUCAAAAGUCAUCUCCCUCAUUUGCAUCGCAGUCUGGAUCAUAAACAUUGGGCAUUUCAAUGAUCCCGUUCACGGAGGCUCCUGGAUCAGAGGUGCUAUCUACUACUUUAAAAUUGCAGUGGCCCUGGCUGUUGCAGCCAUUCCCGAAGGUCUGCCCGCUGUCAUCACCACCUGCCUGGCCCUUGGAACGCGCAGAAUGGCAAAGAAAAAUGCCAUUGUUCGAAGCCUUCCCUCGGUGGAAACCCUUGGUUGUACUUCUGUUAUCUGCUCGGACAAGACUGGUACACUUACAACGAACCAGAUGUCGGUCUGCCGGAUGUUCAUUCUGGACAGAGUUGAAGGAGAUAGUUGUUCUCUUCAUGAGUUUACCAUAACUGGCUCAACAUACGCACCUAUAGGAGAAGUGCAUAAAGAUGAUAAACCAGUGAGAUGUCAUCAAUAUGAUGGUCUUGUAGAAUUAGCAACUAUUUGUGCUCUUUGUAAUGACUCUGCUUUGGAUUACAAUGAGGCGAAGGGCGUGUAUGAAAAAGUUGGAGAAGCUACAGAGACUGCACUCACAUGUCUGGUAGAGAAGAUGAACGUAUUCGAUACGGAAUUGAAGGGUCUGUCUAAAAUAGAACGUGCGAACGCCUGCAACUCGGUCAUUAAACAGUUGAUGAAAAAAGAAUUUACCCUAGAGUUUUCACGCGAUAGAAAAUCUAUGUCGGUUUAUUGUACACCGAACAAACCGAGCCGAACAUCAAUGAGCAAGAUGUUUGUGAAGGGCGCUCCCGAGGGUGUAAUUGACAGGUGUACCCACAUUCGAGUUGGAAGCACAAAGGUUCCCAUAACCCCUGGGGUCAAGCAGAAGAUCAUGUCUGUCAUUCGGGAGUGGGGCAGUGGCAGCGACACCCUGCGCUGCCUGGCUCUGGCCACUCACGACAACCCGCUGAGGAGAGAAGAGAUGAACCUGGAGGACUCUGCCAACUUCAUCAAAUACGAGACCAAUCUGACCUUCGUUGGCUGUGUGGGCAUGCUGGACCCCCCGAGAAUUGAGGUGGCCUCGUCAGUGAAGCUGUGCAGGCAGGCAGGCAUCCGUGUCAUCAUGAUCACAGGGGAUAACAAGGGCACCGCUGUGGCCAUCUGUCGCCGAAUCGGCAUCUUUGGGCAGGAAGAGGAUGUGACAUCGAAGGCCUUCACAGGCCGGGAGUUUGACGAGCUCAGUCCCCCGGCACAGAGGGAUGCCUGCUUGACUGCCCGCUGCUUUGCUCGCGUGGAGCCCUCCCACAAGUCGAAAAUCGUAGAGUUUCUUCAGUCUUUUGAUGAGAUUACAGCUAUGACAGGGGACGGUGUGAACGAUGCUCCCGCUCUGAAGAAGUCUGAGAUCGGCAUCGCCAUGGGCUCUGGCACUGCCGUGGCCAAGACCGCCUCCGAGAUGGUCUUGGCCGACGACAACUUCUCCACCAUCGUGGCUGCUGUUGAGGAGGGACGGGCAAUCUACAACAACAUGAAGCAGUUCAUCCGCUACCUCAUCUCGUCCAACGUCGGCGAGGUCGUCUGUAUUUUCCUGACAGCAGCCCUGGGUUUUCCUGAGGCUUUAAUUCCUGUCCAGCUGCUCUGGGUCAACCUGGUGACAGACGGCCUACCCGCCACCGCCCUGGGCUUCAACCCUCCUGACCUGGACAUCAUGGAUAAGCCGCCCCGGAACCCCAAAGAGCCGCUGAUCAGUGGGUGGCUCUUUUUCCGUUACCUCGCGAUUGGCUGUUAUGUUGGUGCCGCUACCGUGGGUGCUGCUGCAUGGUGGUUUAUCGCUGCUGACGGCGGUCCACGGGUUUCCUUCUACCAGCUGAGUCACUUCCUACAGUGUAAAGACGACAACCCUGACUUCGACGGAGUGGAUUGUGCAGUCUUUGAAUCCCCAUACCCGAUGACAAUGGCGCUUUCUGUUCUCGUAACCAUAGAGAUGUGUAACGCCCUCAACAGCUUGUCUGAAAACCAGUCCUUGCUGAGGAUGCCCCCCUGGGAGAACAUCUGGCUCGUGGGCUCUAUCUGCCUGUCCAUGUCCCUCCACUUCCUCAUCCUCUACGUGGAGCCCCUGCCUCUUAUCUUCCAGAUCACACCGCUGAACUUGACCCAGUGGCUGAUGGUGCUGAAAAUCUCCCUGCCUGUGAUCCUCAUGGACGAGACCCUCAAGUUCGUGGCCCGCAACUACCUGGAGCCUGGUAAAGAGUGUGUGCAGCCGGCGGCGCGGCCGUGCUCGCUCUCGGCGUGCACCGACGGCAUCUCCUGGCCCUUUGUGCUGCUCGUUGUGCCGCUGGUGGUCUGGGUCUAUAGCACAGACACUAACUUCACCGACAUGUUCUGGUCUUGACUGACAGCCUGGCCUAAAGAAGAUGUCUAACUUAAUCAAUUAAUUUUUUUUAUUGUUUAAAGCAACUGUCUAUUUCUGCUGAAUUUUCACAUGAACAGAUUGGCUGGUGAAGGAGGUUUCAUACUCUAGAUUUUGUUUUGCUUUUUUCUGACUCCAGUGGGGCAGGAUUUUCCUUUUUUAUACACAUAAUUGAAGUGUCCAUUGACAUGUACAGAGAACUAACACUAUUUUAUGCAGAUAUUUUUUUGUAGAUGAAAAAGCAUGUACAGUGUUCUGUUUGAUACUCGUCCUUGUAUAAAAAAAAAAAAUAGCUGAGCCAGCAGACAUUGUCAGCAAUUAAUUGGCAGCAGAUUUUAGGCGAGGAAUGUGUGUGGUUUUUUCUAAAACUAAAUAGCAUGUGUUGUGUCUUUUGCAUGAUCAUCUGGAUUUAAUUUGAUAUCACAGUCUAAUUUUAUUCAUAAGCCAAUUUUUCUGCACUGAGCAGAGUACUGCUACCUCAGUCAGUAUUUUUUGGUUUGUCACUUCCUCACCCUCGGCCCCUCCGCUCACCUCCACUCCCCACCCAGCUUCUCCUAGGAUUUCGAUGGUUCUGUUUACAUCAGUCUUUUUAACAAGAGGUAUGCCUGUUCUCGCUUGUGCAGAAAACAUUGUUCCAGAUUCAGUCUACUGGGUUUGUGGCCCCUCACGUAGUUUCUGAGGUUAUUUAUUUAAAUGUCUAAUGUGUUUUAUUGUAACCGGCAUUUUUUUUUUUUUUUUCUGGCCAACAUUGCCUAUUUCCAUGGCACUUCACAGUCUAGUUUAAAAAGAAAAAUAAAACAUUUUAAAUGGACAGAGAAAAAAAUAACUGUCUUGUUUUUAACUCUUAAAUGGCUGAGCUUUAAAUAUCCAACUUUCUUCUGCAUUCUUAGCUCAGAACUGUGGUUAGUACCCCUGUGCUCAGUGGGGAGGCCCCACCCUGCUCAGAGCUGGCCGCGGGAGUUUGACUUAGGCACAGGCGCUAGUUGUCGUCUGUGGUACGCGUGCGUUUUCUGCGAGUUCCUGCCGGCCUAUUCGCCUGCUUAGAGAACACGAGGGCAGUGUGCGUGUGUCCGUGCGCAUAUGUGUUUUGUAAAAUGUGUAAAUAGCACAUGACCAAAUGAACAUAUUGUAUAGAACUAUUUUUAUUUUACUGUGGCACUAACCACCACCAUCGUCCUAUGAUAAAUGUUUGCGCAUGUUCCGAGAUCAGUGUGACCUGCAGUGUGUAAGUCAUUAACAGUCCUAACUGUGGUGUUUUUCUCCAAUGCCUUCCAACAUUCAUCAACUAAAGUGAGUAUUUGAGUAUUUUCUUCCCUGUAACUUGGAUGCUUUAGUCUACAGGUGACUGUCAGAACAUGAGAUAGCUGUGUGACGCUAAUGAAUCAGUAGUGACUUCCUUCACCCCAAGCGAGGUCCGUGUCACUCUGCUGUGCCAGCACCCCUCCUACAGGGAUGGUCUGUGGCAGCAGCCGGGUGGCACGAGAGACUGCUCAGUGCUAGCUGACAGACGUGCUCUGUAGAUGCCACACGCUGCCUAGGACAGUGGCUCCGCAGGAUGUCUGGGAGGGCCACGCCAGGCAGGCUGGGGGAGCGGUGCUGGUCCAGGGCUAAGAUGAGGAUCCAUAGAGACGUGUCUGCUUCUUUUGAUCUUUGUUAUCGGCAAGGACUGGCCCCAAACAUUGGUGCUUUGUUCAUCAGGAAGCAGAAGGCUGGUGAACACAGAACCAGCUGCAAACCCCCAGUCACCAGGCUACUUUUAAAGAGAUGCCUUGUUUUGCCUCUCUGGGCCAGGCCCUUGGUGGCCAAGACAUUUCUCCCCAGGGUGUGUUAAGCACAGGUGCCAGCUCGAGGCUCCGCUCAGCCCGCAUCAGCCCCCCAGCCCAGUUGUCAGCAUGAGCGCGGCCCAGUUUGUAUUUGAGGUGGCAGGGAAGGGGCUUCAGUGCUGGUCACGGGGCCAGCAAGAUGUGAUGCAAACACUUGGCCUUUGGGAGGAGUUAGCAGGAGGUCAAGCAGGCCAGGUGCUGCAAAGUUGAGAGGUGGGAGUUUAAGGGGACACACAAGUGGAGCGUGGAGAAGGCUCUGCAUGCAGGGUCCUGGCCCGCUGAGGCUCUUGGGAAACGGAGGCUGCCACGGUUAGCAUCAGGAAGCGGAAAAGGAAAUACGUCGAGUGAAGCAUUUUUAACUGCAAACCGAAACGGUGUCUGGGCGGGGCACUCACCACUCCCCAGUGGAACCAGAGUGACAGAGCCGAGCGCACUGACCACAUUCCUCGUUCUGG